CCACCCCGACCUGCUGCUGAGUCAGAAACCAGCUCUGAGCUCUGCGGCACUGCAGCACCGACACCGGCAGCUCCAUCUGCACCCACCCAGCCGCUCCCUCCAGCACCAUGGCCAGCACCCUCUCAGCCUACAAGGAAAAGAUGAAGGAACUUUCUAUGAUAGACAUGAUCUGCUCUUGCCUCUACUCCCAGCCUCUUCCCAAGACUGUCUAUCAGUUUGAAGACAUGGAGGUCAAGCAGCUGAAUAAAAGGGCAUCGGGGCAGAGUUUUGAAGUUAUUUUGAAGCCCCCCACAGACUUAUCCCCCGAGAGUCCUCCUCUCACCACCUCGCCCACAAAGAAGGACAUUUCCUUGGAGGAACUUCAGAAGAGACUGGAAGCUGCUGAGGAGAGGAGGAAGAUCCAGGAGGCUCAGGUACUGAAGCAGCUGUCGGAAAAGAGAGAGCACGAGAGGAACGUUCUUCACCGGGCCAUAGAGGACAACAACAGCUUCAGCAGGAUUGCCGAGGAGAAGCUGAACUACAAGAUGGAACUGAGCCAGGAGAUCAGAGAUGCAAACCUAGCUGCCCUGAAGGAGCGUCUCCGGGAGAAGGAGCUCCAUGCAGCAGAAGUUCGCAGGAACAAGGAGCAGCGAGAGGAGAUGUCUGGAUAAGAACUAAUUGCAAGCUUCCCUGCCAAGUCAUGACAAAAACAAAACUCUUUCACCUCCGUGCACCCCCAUAAGUCUGCCCUUGGGCAAUGUUCAUGUGACUCUCACCCCGUCCCACCCCCUCCUUGCCAGGGGGAGCCCUAGGAACCCACCAUUUGCACCCCCACCAUUGCCCAUUCCCAUUAGACCUCCCCAGAGCCGGGGGUUCCCCGCCCCCCACAUUCGGAAGGUGUUGGUGCUUAUGGGGGGGGGGCAGUAGUAGUCACUCUGUGUAGCUUGUUAGACUCACUUUCGGUGGCCGGCUGUCUCACGUAGCUGCUAGGACUCUCGCUCUGUCCAUUGGCGCUGGUUCUCUCGCUGACACUCGGCGAGACUCCCGCUGAAUGUAUCUGUACACUGGCUGCUCAAUAAACACGUUACUACUGA